AUGGCGUCCGUCGACGAUUCGAUGCCCGCGCGCAUCUCGCCCGACUGCCCGCAAGACACUCGCGACGUCCUCCACCACGCCUGGGCCCACGACGUCUCGGGCCUCAAGAAGCUCCUCGACGUGCGGGAGAGGGCCAGCGCUCAGGAUCCCCAGACGGGCGAGACGCCCCUGCAUGCCGCGAUACGAGCGUGCGGACCCGCCAGCGAUGCCGAGAGCGAUGACGAGGGCGACGACUUGAGCGCCCAAGAGGCCAAAGAGGCACUUCAGGAGCUCUUUUUCUCUGGCGCCAUCUGGAACGACGUCGACUGCAACAACGAGACGCCCGGCUGCGUUGCCUGGCGCCUAGGCCGCAACUCUCUCUAUCGUCUGUGCGUCGACGCGGGCGUGCGUGCCGAGCUGCUCUUUGCGCUCAUGGGCGGCUAUGAGGAGCUCUCGUCGGGCUCCGAGGCCGGAGACGACGGGGCCGGAGAUGACGCCGCGGAGCUUGAUGGCACCGUUGAGAGACAUGGCGAGACUGGUGGCUGCGAGGCCCGUUUCAUUCCUCCCGAUGCUGGAGAGAAGCCCAUCACAAGCGACGAGUACCUCAAGUCCGACUUGACCUACGACGCGGACAAGCUUCUCGAUUCAGACCUCAACGGCGUCAUGAUGGCGUGGGAGACGGACAUUAUGCGGCGCUCCGUCGCCGCCCUGGUUCCCGGUUCGCAGCCGGGCAAGCGCGUCCUCAACAUCGGCUUCGGCAUGGGCAUCAUCGACCGCAUCUUCGCCGACCUGCAGCCCUCGCGCCACCACAUCAUCGAGGCCCACCCCUCGGUCCUCGAGCACGUCUCCAAGCCCGAGUCCCGCUUCGGCCCGGCCUGGGAGAAGAACGCGCCCCAGCCCGGCGCCUACCAAAUAUUUUCCGGCCGCUGGCAGGAAGUCGUGCCCCGGCUCAUCGAGCAGGGGGAGACGUACGACGCAAUCUACUUUGACACCUUUGGCGAAGACUACUCCCUGCUGAAGAUGUUCUUCACCGAGUACAUCCCCGCCCUCCUGGAUCAGGAUGGCCGCUUCUCCUUCUUCAAUGGGCUCGGGGCCGACCGGCGCAUCUGCUACGACGUCUACACAAAGGUGGUGGAGAUGCAUUGCGCGGAUGCGGGCCUCGACGUCGAAUGGGAAGAGAGCGACGUCGACAUGGCCGGCCUCGGGGAGGAGGGCAAGGGGCAAUGGGAAGGCGUGCGGCGGCGAUACUGGACGCUGGACAAAUAUCGACUCCCGACAUGCACCUUUAUGGGGUGA